AUGAUCAUCGUCGGCCUGAGCGGCGGCAUCGCCUCGGGCAAGUCGACGGUCUCGACGCUCCUGCAGAACGCCUCGGUGCCGCUGGUCGACCUGGACAAGCUGGCGCGCGCCGUCGUGGCGCCCUCUGACUCGUCGGGCACGCUCAAGGCGCUCGUCAAGGCGUUCGGCAACGGGAUCCUGACGCCAAACGGCGAGCUGGACCGCCCGGCGCUGGGGCGCAUCGCGUUCGGCGACGACGCCAAGCGCGCCACGCUCAACCGCAUCACGCACGGCGCCAUCCGGCGGCGCAUGGCGUGGACGCUGGUGCGCAUGUGGCUCACCGGCGAGCGCCUGGUCGUCGUCGAUGCGCCGCUGCUCGUCGAGGCCGGCCUGUGGAAAUGGUGCGCACGGACAGUCAUCGUGUGGUGCUCGCCGGAGGACCAGCUGUCGCGGAUGCUGUCGCGCGACGGCGCUGCCGGGCUGACGGAGGAGGACGCACGCUCACGUCUGGCGGCGCAGCACUCACUGGCGUCGAAGCUGCCAUACGCCGACGUGAUCCUCGACAACUCGUCGGCGCUGCAGGGCUCGGACGCCGGCUCGCAGGGCUCGGGGGCCGGUGCGUCGCCGGCGCUGCGCUCGCAGGUGCAGGAGCUGGUGCACGAGUGGCGCCGCGAGACGACGUCGCUGCUCGGCACGCUCACCUGGCUCAUCUGCUGGCUGGCGCCGCCGCUGGGCCUGCUCGCUGGC